AUGUAUCCAGCUCUUGUGAAGCACGAGAAUUUGGGGACAAUGCCUUACCGAAAGAUCGAAGUAAAGCAAGCUACCCCCAUCACCGGCAUCCUACACCUACCCGGUGGACAGCAGCUCAUCACCUAUUCACGGGGUGGGUUCCUUAAAGUCUGGGACAUGGAGACGGGCACACAGGUCAAGAAACUGGAGGGUGAAUUUUGUUCUAUAGUAUUAUCGCCGGACGGCAAGACACUGGCAAGCGGGAGUUGGAAUGGCGCAAUGAAGUUGUGGAGCAUUGAGAAGGGCAAGGUUACCAAAACAUUAAUGGGGCACACAGAUACAGUUCCUCUGUGCUGGAGUCCAGAUGGAGAGCAAGUGCUGGGCGGAUGCACAUACGGGACAUUCAGAGUGUGGGAUGUAAAGAGUGGAGAAACUAUACUUGGACCAAUCAAGGCGGGAGGACACAUGCUCAAGGUUCGUUACUCGCCAGAUGGAAAGGUGAUUGCCAUAGCGGGGGAUUGGCGGAAGAUCUGGGAUGCCAACACAGGCAAAUUGCUCAAAACAUUCAAGGGUUAUACACAGCCACUUGGACUGAGCGCAAAAACUUGCAGGACAGUGCAACUAUGGAAUAUCGAAACCAAUCAACCCAUCGGAACACCACUUCAUGAACACACCGUGUACUCUGGGAAAUUGUCUGCAGAUGGACAAUUCCUCUUCACCAAGUGCCAGGACAUUCACGUAUAUAUAUGGGAUGUGUCUGCUAUUAUCAAAGAAGCUGGCUUUUCAGAGAUUGUAGAUGCUACACCGCGAUCAGCUCCAAAGAUAAAAGGUCCUCCUCGAAUACCUCCAGGGUUCUUUGACGAUACACUGCGAGAGGCCAAUGUCCUCAGUCGCGCAUUCAUCUAUCACAAGCCUAUGGGCCAUAUGACCACCUCACUCUUGUACCACGCCAACACACCCUCAGUCGCUUUUCCUCCUUCGGGCAUCGUUCAAAGUCUCACGGAGAAACCGAGCACCAUACUCAACCUCUAUCCCAUUCUCUCAACUGGUCUCGAAACCUAA